AGAAGGCAGGAGGUGCAACGCUCUUUUCAACCCGUCAAAGCACCCGAAACGGCUUCUUGGAACACCAAAGGGACACAGGACCGACGACACUCGGACUACAGAUAAAUGCAGAGAUUGCAGACGAUAGACAUCUUCCGCGGGGUAACCAUCCUCGAAAUGGAGAACACGGAGUCGUGUGAGCUCCCCUUCUUCGAGCACGCCUCGUACGGGGAAAUGCGCAUGCGGUACGCGGACACGAUCUUCCCCUGCUUCUCCUUCAUCAGCGGGAUGCUUCUGCGGCCGGAGAGGGUUGUCCCCGUGCGGAAGAGCCUGCAGCUUGUCGGGCUCGGGAUGGCGUUCAACGCCAUCCCGACCUUCAUUGAGGGAGAAAAGUUCCGUCCGCUGGGCGUGUUGCACAGACACGGGCUAAGCACGAUUCUGCUGAACAACGUCGUGUCACCGGAAUUCCGGAACUCUCCGGCGUUCCCGGCACUGCUUACGGGUUUGUGGUACUUUCUCUCGGUCUACUUUGCCGACCGCAGACGGCAGCCCUUCGGUGUCCAGGCAGAGACGGCACAGCAAAAGUUCGACGCCGUCUUCUUCAAGGGCCGCCAGUACGAGGCCGACUUCGACCCGGAGGGUCUUCUCGGCGCCCUCAUGACGGCGGUGACGAUUUGGUCCGGGUCAUGGUUCAUGCAGAACAGCCCCCGCUUCACAGACACACAGGUGUUCCUGCUCGGCGCAGGUCUGCUUGGCUCGGGGACCCUGCUAGCCAGAGUCGCUCCGAACUAUGCGCCAAUCUCGAAGCCGUUGUGGACACCGACGUUUGUCCUCGCCUCCAAUGGCUGGACCAUCCUCAAGUACCUUCUUGUCAAGGUCGCCAUUCCAUACUUGCCUCUCGCCGUCACCAACGCUCUCGCCGUCGUCGGCAAAUGUAACCUCGAGACCUACUUCCUUGGGGAGCUUUCCCUACUGGCGCUCAGGUACGAGUUUGCCGAGGGCCGGUCUUUCUGGACAAUUGCCCGUUCCUGGCUCUACAAGUUCUGCAGCCCAGCCGUGUCGCAACUGCUGCUCACGGCGGCCUUCGACGCUUCCCUCGUCGCGUUUGCGUUUCUCUGCAACGCCAAGGGUUGGAAAAUCAGGCUACUGUAAUUAUAUGCGUUAUUUUAAUUAUGUACUCAUGUAUCUACUUAGACCUUCAUGCUCCUUGACCGUUCCACUACCUCUCUCUCUCUGCCGCAAAUGCUCCCACCUGGCUUCCGGGCUCCAGUGUUGCACUUUCCCCACACCGUCGGAACAGCGCUUGC